GCACACUGUGCGCCGGGACUGAGGGGGGAGCGCCCGGUGCAGACAGGGCGCACUAAACAGCACACACGCGAACCAUCCAUACAUCCAGUCAGACGGACACACACACACACACUAUAUGAUCCUCCCUAUGUGAAGAGGAGAUGGAGUUAAAAUAGGUUGUUUUACUCUCUGGACCGAAUGCAGUGACUGCCGCUUUGGAUUUUUGAAUUUCACGCCUAGACACUGAGGAGAGAAAAUGUGGAGAUACACCAAUCUGUUCGCCUGUCUGCUGGUUUUGUGUAAGGAUGCGUCCUCACAGAGCAAGAUCUUUGGAGAGACCGAGCCUGUCCGGAUGACAUCAGAGGGUUCAGACUGCCGCUGUAAGUGCAUCAUGCGGCCUCUAAGCAAGGAUGCCUGUCAGCGGCUGCGGAGUGGCAGUGUGCGUGUGGAAGAUUUCUACACGGUGGAGACAGUUAGCUCAGGUUCCGACUGUAAGUGCUCAUGCACUGCCCCUCCGUCCUCCCUCAACCCGUGUGAGAAUGAGUGGAAGAUGGAGAAGCUGAAGAAACAGGCCCCAGAGUUACUAAAGCUCCAAUCCAUGGUAGACCUCCUCGAGGGAACACUUUACAGCAUGGACCUAAUGAAAGUCCACUCCUACAUCAAUAAGGUGGUUUCCCAGAUGAACACCCUAGAAGAGACAAUCAAGGCAAACUUUACACGAGACAAUGAAUUUGUCCGGGACAGCAUGAUGACCCUCACCAACCAGUUCAAGAGAUAUGAGAAUUACUCCAACAUUAUGAUGAGCAUCAAGAAGGAGAUCUCCAGCCUCAGCCUGCAGCUGCUGCAGAAAGACUCCUCUGAGAGCAAAGCACAGGACACAAAUGAUGAGAAAACCAAGGAGGCUGUAAAAAUACCAAACAAAAAGGCCCCUGGAGCCAAACUCCCACCCAAACCACCCAAAGAAAAGGUCGUAAAGCCCAAGAAAGAGGUCAUUAAAUCUGUGAAGCCAGUCAAGCCUGACCCUACGGCCAAAGCCAAGGUGGUUGGUCACCAGCCCGGCGUGGUAAGGGGCAUCACAUACUACAAGGCUGCCAAGAGUGACGAGGACGAACACAGAGGAGACAAUUCUGGCAAAACAUACACGGUCCAUCACAUCACGGAAAACCAGUCCGAGGAUGGAGGAGCUGAAAUGGUCCUGGAAACCGUGGAGGCCACUGUGGCUGAACCCAUUGCCACCACUGAAGUUCCUACUACUACACCUUCUGCCACCACCACAACUACUAGUGCAACAACCAGCACCACUACUACAACCACUACUAUAACCACACAACAUGCACCAGCUAAUGAAAGACCAGCUCCAACCAUUGUGCUGAUGCUGGACAACUCCAACAACAAUAGUCGUCCCACUCUCCACAGAGCAGGGAAGAUCCUGAGCUGUGAAGGGACUGUCGCUUCCAUUGAGCAGCCAGAAAAGCAGCAUAGUUAUGGGCGCAAUGAGGGGGCCUGGAUGAAGGACCCCCUGGCUAAAGACUCUAAGAUCUAUGUCACAAACUAUUACUACGGCAACAACCUGGUAGAGUUCCGUAACUUGGACAACUUCAAGCAAGGCCGAUGGAGCAAUCUUUUCAAACUGCCUUACAACUGGAUAGGCACAGGCCAUGUGGUUUAUAACGGAGCCUUCUACUACAACAGAGCUUUCACCAAGAACAUCAUCAAGUAUGAUCUGAGGAUGCGAUAUGUGGCAGCCUGGACACUGCUGCAUGAUGUGGUUUAUGAGGACACUACCCCCUGGAAAUGGAGAGGCCACUCGGACAUUGACUUCGCAGUGGACGAAAGUGGCCUUUGGGUGAUCUACCCUUCCAUAGACUACGACUACAACCAACAAGAGGUGAUCAUCAUCAGUAAACUGGAUCCUGGAGACCUGACGUUGAAAAAGGAAACAACCUGGAGGACAGGUCUCAAGCGGAACUCCUAUGGGAACUGCUUCAUCAUCUGUGGUGUCUUGUACGCCGUCAAUGUGUACAACCAAAAGGAAGGUGAGGUGAACUAUGCUUAUGACACCCAUACCAACACCGAUGCCAUCCCACGCCUACCCUUCACCAAUGAGUAUGCGUACACCACCCAGAUUGACUACAACCCCAAGGAGAAGGUUUUGUAUGCCUGGGACAAUGGCCAUCAGCUCACAUAUCAGGUUAACUUUGUCGACCAGUGAGCACAGCUCACAGUAGACAUGCCAGUAUGGCACCUACAUGUAUGUAUUUGACAACCUAGAAGCAGCCAUAUUGGACUCAAUAAGACAAAGGAUGAACCUACACCAGCCUUCCACUACCAAUGCAUGCUAUUGAAACACCUGACCUCACAGUGUACCAAACAUACAGUACAUGUGUCAAAUGUGUAUUGGGAUGUGACUGUAGGAUAUGUCAAUAGAAUGGACAGUGGACUGCAGAAAUAAUCUCACAGGUUGAGUUAAAGCUCAUCGGACAGAGUUGACAGAGUUUAGAGAAGAGAAUUAUUUUUUUUAAUUAUUAUUUUUAUGUUUCUUUAUGAAAUGUCAGCAGGCUGGCUAACAGGCAGACAGAUAGGGAUAGAGAUAUAGAUAGCUAUAAACAGUUAGUUUAAAUUAGACAUUUGUAACAUCACUUUUUGAUUUCGGAAGCAUUUUGAAGCUCACAGUUUUGAUUGAUCUGGUAUAUGGUUUCUGAGACCUAAAAACUUAAAUCUGAGUGAGUGAGAUGGGCUCACAUCAAUAAGUACAUACUUUUCCAAACAGGCCUUAAUAUCUUUCUCAACUAUCAGAUAAGUUUAUGUUAUCAUAAUUUGGUCUUGGUUGCUGCAAUUAUUCCUUAUACCUGCCCAUACUGAUGUCAAGUGAUCCUCUCCUAAAACAACUACACAGUAAAACACGAGAGAAAGAAUUCCAGUUGCACUCAAAGCGCCUUUAGACUACAUAUCUCAUUCACCCAUUCACAUACAUUCAUACACUGAUGGCAUUAGCUGCCAUGCAAGGUGCCAACUGCUCAUCAGUUUACACGGAACAAAGACUUUGGAUGUGGAUUUUCUAUGCAGUUUCUAACAGUAGGGUAACUUCCACAAAACUGUCCCGUAAAAUAUGCAUGGUUUUUAGACAUUUAUAAGACAAGAGUCGAUUGUACAAGUACUUCAACCAAGGUGAUAUCAGAAAGAGUACCAGGAGCUAUCCACAAUAUUUGCCAAUGGGAAAACAAAACAGAACCAAGGUUCUGGACCAAGGUUCUGUUUUGUAUGAUUUAGUGGCAUCUACAACCCAACAUUUGAGGAUUUAAGGCUCAUUCUAAGGCAUUACUAUACACUAAUGAAAAAACAUAGUUAUGAAUAUUAUGUUCCAUUUCUGCUAUAAUCUGUAAAUGGAGCUUCCUAAAUCUGACACACUGGACCUUUAGCUCAACCAAUGAGAUUAUUUCUGCCUACACAGGAGUGAGAAUUGUUUGUAAAACUAAAUCAGCUAUUGUUGCCUCCAUCCUAUCACCAAGCACUUUGAUCAUGAAUCUGUUUUGAUUAUUAUUCCAGCCUCCUGAUGUUGUUUUGGGGGUGGUCUUGAAUAUAAUAUUAACUCCUGAAACAAAACAGUGUACACACAUUUUAAGAUCAAAUGUUUUAAUAUUUACAUGAAUUCAUUUGACAAUAUCAUACAAUGUUUUUUUUCCCAUUCAUCUUGUAAUAUUUCUAUGUUGUAUAAAAGUAUGCAGUUUUUGUAUUGUUAAUAACAUUUGCAUAACCACUACAUUUGUUGUAAUUACUGAGUAUUUGAACAUUUUUACCAAACAACAUGUCUGGUCUAAUAUGAAAGUUGCACUGUACCAGGCUGUGCUAUCUUUAAUAAUGGACACCAUAAACCAUGAAUGUUUUUAUUUUUGACAAUGGCUGACAGUACUGUGUGAGGCACAUAAUGGGAUAUAAGCUUUAAGACAUAUGAGGUAACUCUUACAGCACAUGAUUCACAACCACAUUACUUUGGCUGUUCUUGAAUUAACAAGUGUGUUUUGUUAAGUUUAUUCAUAAAGGCAUACUGAUCACAAUAAAAGAAUUUGUUCAAUUGCAAGGUCUUUAUACAUAAAUAAUGAUGUCUUGAAAUGUAACAGAACACUUGAACACAGCUGUGUGUGCAUACUAUGAAAUAAAAUUCCCAUUAUGAAAGUCUGCUGUGAGCCUUACAGGUCAAUCUGCAGUGACCCAAUAAAUGGAUGGUAUGGGA